GCCUGUCUGCGUGUCUGUGUGUCUGUCUGUCUGGCCACCUGCCUGUUCACUUGACUUCUCCUGUCUGUCUGCCUGCUUGACCAGCCUUUGCCUGCUGUCUGUCCAUCCCCAGCCAAUCAGUCCCUGCCCCACAAUGACCGUUUUCUGUACGUGUGUGACUUCUCUGGGAUGUGACUGACCACUGCCUGUAUAUCUAGCUGGCUCCCACUGUGCGACUUGCCUGCCUAGAGCCCGGCUGCCAUCUGUCCCGGUGACAGGUCUCAUGCCUGUCUGGUUGGUGACUCCGGGCAGGCUGUAAAUUCCCACCCCAGACCCCUGACUGUUCUCUGAUACUCAUCUCCCACCCCCUGCCGAGCCCAGCGGCCACCCCUGGGAGCCCACUGGAUUGCCUUGAGUACAAAGGAUGGAUUUCUGAGAGAGAAGCUGGAACAACAGGCCCCUGGGAAUCAGCAUGCCCCCCGACUGGGCUGCCCUUCUGCUCCUGCUGAUGCUUCAGAGUGCCUGGGGUUGUCCAGACCUUGUCUGCUACACCGAUUACUUCCAGACUGUCACCUGCUUUCUGGAGACAUGGACCCUCCACCCCGGCACGCUCACCCUCACCUGGCAAGACCCGUAUGGAGAGCUGAAGGAUGAGGUCACCUCCUGCAGCCUCUACCGGUCCACCCACAACGCCACGCAUGCGAAGUAUACGUGCCACAUGGAUGUGUUCCACUUCAUGGCUGACGACAUUUUCAGUGUCAACAUGACAGACCAGUCUGGCAACCACUCCCGGGAGUGUGGCAGCUUUGUCCUGGCUGAGAACAUCAAGCCAUCUCCUCCUUUGAACGUGACUGUGACCUUCUCAGGACAUUAUAACAUUUCCUGGAGUUCCAAGUACGAUUUCUUCGCUCUCAAGGGCAAGCUUCAGUAUGAGUUGCGGUACAGGAAGCUGGGAGACCCCUGGACCCUGAGUCCAGGGAGAAAGCUGAUCUCGGUGGAUUCAAGAAGUGUCUCCCUCCUUCCUUUGGAGUUUCAUAAAGGCUCCAGCUACGAGCUGCAGGUGCGGGCAGGGCCCCAGCCCGGCUCCUCCUACCAGGGGGCCUGGAGUGACUGGAGUGACUCGGUCAUCUUUCACACCCAGCCAGAAGAGAUGAAGGGAGGCUGGCACACUGACCUGCUGUAUCUCCUACUGGUCUUCAUCCUCCCUGUCCUUGUCUACUUAGGCCUGAAGAUCCGCCUGCCUUGGAGGCCGUGGAAGGUACCCAGCCCAGAGGGAUUUUUCCAGCCCCUGUAUGUGGGCUACAGUGGAGACUUCAAGAAGUGGGUGGGCACACCCUUCACUGCCUCCAGCCUGGAGCUGGGUCCCUGGAGCCCAGGGGUGCUCUCGACCCUGGAGAUGCACAACUGCUGCCCCCCGCCGAGUGUGGCCAAGGGGCUGGAGCCCACGGAGCUGCCGGAGCCCGCGGACCUGGUGGAAGUCGACGGAGUGCCCGAGUCAGGUUCCUGGGGCCCAGCCCCCUCUAUUGACAGCAGCUUGGGCGGCUUAGCCUAUAGCCGGGAGCAAGACCGGCCUUACGUCCUGAUAUCCAUAGACACGGUGAUUGUGUCGGAUGCAGAGGGGCCCGGAGCCUGGCCCUGCACCUGUGGGGACGACGGUUACCCAGCCCUGAACUUGGACACUGGCCUGGAGCCAGGACAGGGCACUGAAGACCUGCUCUUGGGUACAGGGGCCACAGUCCUGUCCUGUGGCUGUGUUGCAGCUGGUGGCCCUGCCGGGCUGGGGGUCCCCCUGGGCAGUCUCCUUGACAGACUAAAUCUGCCCUUUGAAGAUGAGGAAGGCUGGGCCCCCGGGCCGCCCUGGGGUGGCAGGCCGCCCCGAGGGGUGUCUGACAGCGAGGCAGGCUCACCUCCUGCUGGCCUGGACAUGGACACGUUCGACAGUGGCUUCGCAGGCUCUGACUGUGGCAGCCCUGUGGAGUGUGACUUCACCGGCCCCAGGGACGAAGGGCCCCCCAGGAGCUACAUCCGCCAGUGGGUGGUCAUGGACCCUCCACCUGCAGGACCUGAGCCCCAGGCCAGCUAGUGAGGUUGACUGGCUGUCCAGAGCUGGCCAUGCCACUGGGCCCCUAGCCAGAGACAUGGUCACCUGGGCUGCAGCGUUUGGUCUCCUUGAUAGAGCCUGGAGCCUGGAGUUUGCAAUGUGGGUGUGCAGCUCAGGUGCACACUGCUGCGUCUGUGUGUGUUAGCAGCACAUGAGCUUGUACACACAUGGUGACAGCCUCCCUCCCUGCCAGGUGAAUGGGGGUGGGCUCUGGGGUCACAUGCUGAGAGGUCGGUCCAGUGCUGUCCACAGGGCCUCCUGGGACCAGGGCACUGCCUGUGAUGAUAGACACCGAGCCCCACCCUCCAGGUCCUGUGCCUCCAGGAGUCACAAGAAGUCCAUCACCCUUUCUUAUCACUUUUCAAGGGAAGGGGAGGGAGCAAGCCCACAGUGACCUUAGAGGUGGGACGAUUUGGCGGGGAUCUAUGGACCUAGGUCUGAGUCCUGCCUCUGACUCCUCCUGGCUGUGCUACCUCUGAGGGCGAGUUGCUCCCCCUCUCUGGGCUGGGAUUUCCUGUCUGGACAAUGUGGGUGUCAUGACUGACCUUGGGGAGGAAUCGGUGUGUUCCCCCACGUAGUGUGCAGUCCAGAGCAGACCCUUAAUAAACGUCAGCUUCCUUCCUUC